UAAAUUUCCGCAUAAUUGUGAAAAACGCGAUGAAAAACAUGUAAAGCGUGACGAAAACAAGUAACCCAACUAUCCAGCCAAAUGGUGUCUCCACGUGCAAUAUUGGGGCAACGUAAAAUACAUUAAAACUGACGCCAAAAACGUUUUUCUGGGGAAAAGCGAUGUGAUUGGGAGAGAAACAAGAACAAAAAAAAUUAAGUGUGGUGGAAAUCAAGAUUUACGCAUUCUACUGUAUCAGCUGCGGCGCUGUCACGGUGUGGCGUGGUGUGGCGGGCGACGAUAAAGCAAUCAAAACAAAAAAUCCAAACUAUGAACUUCGCAUAGAAUUUGUCAGGAGCGCUCACACACGAAAUGGACAAGCGAUUCAAAUGGCCACUCAACCAGAAGGCCAACUACUCGGAUCCACCCUACCAUCAUACGUCGCGUGGCGGCGGUGGCGGUGGCGGCAAUUACUCACGCCCGCAACAUGGCUAUAGCUAUCAGAAGCCCAAUACGGGUAGCAGCUACUACAAGCCCCCGCCACCGCCGUCAGCAGAACCCUCUCUGCCCAGGGUCGGAGGCGGCGCCAUGGCGCCGCCCGCCUCGGGCAACUCUUCGGGCUCGGAUGUGGUCACCCUCAUCGUGGAGAACAACAAUCUGAAGCGUAUGAUUAUGCUUCAUCUAAAUCUGAUGCAGGAGCAGACGGACAGCCUUGCGGCCAAGGAGAAGGAACUGGACGGUCAAACGGACAAGCUGAACGCCGUACUCUCGCAGAACCAAGACCUGAAGCUGGUCAAUGUCCACCUGGAGGCCACCAUCGAGGAGCUACGCAAGCAGCUAAGGAAAAAGAACAGGAGGGGGGGCCCCGACGACGACGACAACAAUGACGAUGACGAUCAUCAACUGCCACCUGCCAUGCAGGAGAAGAUUGUGUGCAAUGCGGAAACACAAACGGAGUUGGUAGCGCAUCAUCUGGCACAGCCGGAGCCGGCUUAUCCUUAUCUACACCAGGCUAAAAGGCAGCCCAGGCUGGUAAGAGAGGAGCCCCAACAUCCCCAUCUAAUGAUUCAAAAACAGCAGGAGCAGGCCCCUCUAAUGAGUGUGGAGCAGCAGCAGCCCCCUCUUAGGAGGCAGGAGCUACAGCAGCCAACUCAAACGAUUGAGGAGCCACAGCCCCGUCUUGUGAGGCAGGAGCCGCAGCCGCAGUCGCAGCCGCGUCUUAUGAGAGAGGAGCCACAGACCAGGAUGGUGAGGGAAGAACUGCAAACCAGACUGGUAAAGGACAUUCAGCAGCAGCAGUCUAGACUUGCAAGAGAGCAGCAGCAGCCCAGACAGCAGCAGCCCAAGCCUAUAAGGGAACAGCAGCAGCAGGAGCAUCAGCAGGCGGAGGAAAAUCAACCGCCACAGCAUCGUCAGCAGCAGCAGGCGGAGGAAAAUCAACCGCCACAGCUUCGUCAGCAGCAGCAUCAUCAUCUCCAUCAGUCUCCGCACAAAAGCUCUUCCAAAGCGACUCUUGUUACCUCCGUCACGAAUCUGCCGCCGACAAUCAGCACUCCGCCCGUGGAGAGCAAAGCGAGAGGGGAAUACAAUGGCAAGAAGGUUAGCACCAUGUUUCUUCAUCGGGUUAACCAGGACUCCAGCCUCACAUCCUCAGCCCAGCAUCACAUCCCAUCACAUAGCCAGCCGGAGAAGGAGAAGCAGCCGGAAGUGGAAAAGCCGCCGGUGGUAGAAGAGCAGCUGCAGCAGCAGCAGGUGAUCGAAACAAAGGAGGAGGAGCUGCAGAAGGUUAUGGAAACCGAGGAGCUGGCAGAACUGCAGCAGUCCAUCGAAAGGGAGCAGGUGUUGGAACAGCAAGUGGAGACCCAGCCCCAGGUGAUGGAAACGGAGGUGGUGGAGCAGCAGCAGGUCAUCGAAACGGAGACGGUGGAACAGCAGCAGGACAUCGAAACGGAGGAGGUUGCAAUGGAUCAGAUGAAUCAAAUGGAGGAGGUGGUUAUUGCUGAAGAAAACACCAUUUUCCAUUAUGCCCUACAGCCGGAUGGAAUGAUACUUCUUGAAGCCGAGGAGGAGAUGGGCGUGGAAACCGUAGAGGAGAUUGUACAGACCACAGUGUAUAAUGGCCAUAUCGAGGAUCGACAAUGCUUCGAAAACGAACAGGAGGAGGAGGAUGAUGAUGAUGGUGAUGUGGACGAGGAAAGCGAGGACAAUGAUGAGGGGGAGCGGGAGCAUAUCCAGCCUCCACCCUCAAAAACUGAUGUUAACAAUUUAGAUGCCUUGCGCCCAAAUGAAGGCGACGACAGUUGUUGGCAGACAGUCCCUCCGAUGUCACAUGCCAAUCAUCAGAUACACGCCAUGGAAAGUCCGGAGCAUAAGAGCAUGGCGCCAUCAGCCCAUUCAACACCCAAUCACCAGCACAUUACGCAGCGUUACCCACAAAAGGAGCCAUCAGAAACGCGUCAGCUUCUUGAAGUGGAGGAGGACAGCCAGCAGCCGAAACUUGUCAUCGCAGAGCCCUUGGAAAUGGAUGCUGGGGAAAUGGAAGUGCAGACUGUCGAAGUAGAGACUCUCGAAGUGGAGACACUGGAGACAGGUGUGGGUGUGGAAUUGGGAGUGAGCAUGGGCAUAGAGACGGUGGAAGUACAGACUGUGGAAGUUCACACGGAGGAGACCGUUGUAGAGCAAGCCGGCAUGGAAAUUGAAAUCAAAACAGAGGAGGUCACAACCACGACAAUCAGCAAGCAUGUCCUGCCCAAAACAUCUGCUAGCAAUCCUCAGGCUCCCGCUCCUGUUGCUACUCCUGUUCCUGCUCUGCCCAAGGCUAACCGCUCCGCUGUCGUGGAACCUAAACACAAGACCAAUUCUGCUAUCGUUGAAGUUCCAACUAAGGAAGAGUCUGUUAUAGUACCAGCUCCAGUCCAGGAAGAAUCUGUUUUAGCAGAAGCUGCUGUGCCUGCGGAAAAGUCUACUGUUGAAGCCGCAGAUGCACCCAAGGAACUGCCUGUUGUUGAAGCGACUUCAUCCAUGGAAAAAUCCACUAUUGAAGAAACGACUGUACCGAAGGAAAAACCCGCUGUUUUAGCCACUUCAUCAAACGAAAAGUCCACUGCUGAGGCAACGUCUGCUCCGAAGGAAAAGUCUACUAUUGAAGCGACUGUACCCACGGUAAAGUCCGUUUCUGUAGGAGCUCUGCCCAAGGAUAAGUCCGCUGUUGUAUCGGCUCUAUCAAAGGAAAAGUCUGUUGUUGUAGAAGCUCCACCGAAAGCAAAUUGCAGUGUCGAAGUAUCUUCGAGCAAGGAAAAGCCCACUGUCGUGGUGGCCCCGCUCAAGGAAAAGUCGGUUGUUGUAGAAGCUCCUCCAACCAAGGCAAACUCCGCUGUUGUAGCAUCUCCAACAAAGGCGAACUCCACGGUCGCAGCAGUUCCACCCAAGGAAAAGCCAGCUGUGGUAGACGCUCUUUCAACAAAACCAAAUUCUUCUUUGGUUCGUUCUAAAUCUAAGGAAGAGUCAUCCGAUAAGAAGGUGGACAGGGCAACAAAGGAGGCGACGGGGACUAAACUGAUUCUCAAAGUGCCGGCGGGUCAUUCAUCUCGUGUUGGAGGCCAUGCCAAGGCAAACUCCACUGCGGUGACGGCUUUUCACAAGGAGAAGUCCACUAUUGUGGCGGCGGGAACCCUCUGUCUGCCUACGACAAAGACCCAGGCUGCUGUUGCAGAGACUCAAACCAAGGAGAAGUCUUCUGCAGCAGCUGUACCAAAGGAAAAUUCCGUUUUGGCAGGAGCUUUACCCAAGGAAAAAUCCCUGGUCGAAACUCUGCAGAAGGAAAAAUCCGUUGAGGAGACUAAGCACAAGGGAAACGCUGCAGCUCCCGCACCAGUGGCUGGUCUUCUCAAGGCCAAGGCCUCUGAACCGGAGAAAGAAAUCCAAACGGAGAUUCCAAAGGAGGCAGCGAAAAUAGAAGUAGCAGCAGAAGAGGAUCUUCCCGCUCGAUUUGAAGCUCUAAAUAGUGUAAAAUCUGCUGCCGUGGUCCAACCAGAGUUCAAAAAGAAAAAGAAGAAACGGAGUAAGAGCAAGAGCAAGAGCAAGAGUCCCUCAAAGAGCGAAUCAAUACAGCACGAUAAGAAGAUGCCACACGUGGCCAAUCAUCAGUCAUUGCCCAAGAAACGCCCCCACAACCUCAUACAAGACAUAGAAGGAGACAAGGCAGAGCUCUCUGAAGCGGGGGCACCGCCAAUGAAGAAACAAAAACGUCUGCAGGUGAAGCUCAAGCAGCAUGGACUCUCCAAUGACAGGAAAUUCCAUGAUUCCUCCUUCCUGAAGAACAACAACAAAUUGGACAAGGAGAAGGAGGUGGCCCGUUUGGAGGAGGAAAUGCGUCGCAAACUUCAGGAGCAUCUGAAAAAGGAGCAGAGGCGACUGAGUCAACAGCCGGUGGUGCUGCUCAAGAAACCCCCCAAGGAUAACAGCUCCAACACAAGUUUGAUCUAUCCCCCGAUAGCGCAUGCAUCAACUUCAAUGUCACCCACACCACCCUCAUCACCAUUAUCACCAGCGUCUGAAACGACGCCACCAGGAACGCCGUCAACGACGCCACCGCCCUCGACCGCAAAUCUGAUAGUAGACACCUCCGAUGAGACGGAAACAAAGGCAGACGAUAAAUCGAUGAUAGUAAUUGCGGCACCCCUGACACCCCAGUCGAUGAGCAGCAACAGCAGCAGCAGCACAACUUCUAGCACCGGCGCCAGCGCAUCCCGAACGAUCGUCCAAAACUAUGCUCACAAAUCCACAUCCAGAUAUCGCACUGUCCUGUUUCCGUAUACGACACGCUCUUGGGAGGAUCAGGAGUUCCAUCGCGAUAACGAGUUCUUCGAUGAGGAAGCCGACGAACUGCUGUCGGAUCAUCCGAGCUUGGAGAUACCCAAAUGGCGGGAUACACCCAUACCGCCCAGCACCGACAACAAGGACAUUGAGAGCCUGACGGAUGAAGAUUUUGUGAAGCGUCACGAAAAGUAUGUAAAGGACGAGAUCGAAAGGAAGCGCCGCGAUGCCCGCUACAUGAGGGAGCAGAUGAGGAGCGAGGCUCUGCGGCAGCGCCACAAUCAGGAUGAGGUGUUGGUCAAACUCGAUCCCCUGCCCACGUCCACCUUCUACCCCCUGCCCGAGGACAUUGAAGGCGUACAAAUUGUCACGGAAAUACCUGUGCAGGCGUUCGGUGAGAAUGUGGUCAACAUGGAGGCGAGAUCUGAUUUCAGCCUGCCCUGGCUGGACUCGGUGAAAGCACUGACAGCCAUUGCCCGGGCGAAGGCUGAGGCAGUGCCGGUGGCCACGUUAGCUAGCAAAAAGAUACCUCUCACCGCAGCCGAAUCCAGGCAUCAGGAGAUGAACUCUUCGUAUGUGUUCCUCAAGCGGCGCAAGCGGCAAAGAAAGCGUUAGCUGGGCAGAGGACUCUUCGUGAGCUGAGAAGUAGCAGUGGCGUGCCAAAGGUGGAUAAUGGUGGCUUCAUUACCCAAUGACGUUGCCUAUGUAAUACACAUUAAUUAUUAUUCCUUAAUUUUUUUUUGCGCUAUUUUUAAAUCUUAUUUAGGUUAUUGAAAUAUUAAGGAAAAACAUUAGUUUUUAGGUUCUGGCCCUGCAAUCUAUGCCUCAAGGAAUUCUAAAGAGUUUCCACGCUAGAUUGUGUCUGCCCUCACGACGUAAUCCUAUAUAAUAUUUUAAUGAUAGAUGAUUAAUCCCAUAAACAGUCGCUUAGUUUGAUCGGGUUCCAACAUCUCAGCUUUAUCAACAUUUCGCAAGUGAUAAACCCACAGAAAGGACAUGCUCUGGUCUCUAAUUUUGGCAUAAAAACAAAAUGAAAUUUUUAGACUUUUUAAAUUUUAAAACCAAUUUUUUUUUCUUAGAUCGUAAUCGCAACAAUUUUAUCCCUGUAUUUAUAUGUUUUAUUGUGUGUGCGUCUGAGUGUUGAUAAGAGCUUUUUUAUACAUUCAGGUAUAUCUCUGAUUACUAUCUUGAUUAUUAUUGUAAAUGUCUAAUUUUGGCAUAAAAACAAAAUGACAUUUAUAGACUUUAAAUUUUUAAACCAAUUUUUUUUUCAUAGAUCAUAAUUGUAACAAUUUUCUCCCUUUAUUUAUAUGUUUUAUUGUGUGUGCGUCUGUGUGCUCAGGUAUAUGUCUGAUUAUUAUCUUUGACUUUUAUUGUAAAUUUAUACGCCCCCCACUCCCCUCUUUUUUUUUACUUUUUUUUUUGAGCGUGUGUAAAAAUUGUGUUAAGCUUAAAGUUAUCUUUAACGUAUUGUUUUUUUACUUUAUUAACUUCUUUUUAGUUAAAACAAAAAAAAAACAC